AUGGCGGAACCAAUAUCAGAGUCCCCCGAUCCCAGUGGCGGCGAUGGGGAGCCCGAGAAAAAGGAUACAAGUCCCAAACCCAAGGAAAAGAGCAAAGCGAUGAAGUCCAUGCCCUCCUUUGCCCUGCCGUCAUCACUGGCCAACCUGUCCGUGGCGGAUGCCAUGAAGAAGCUUCCCUUGGCCGCUGUGAAAUCUCAUCACGAUGGCGAAGAGUUUGAAAAGGCGGUCGAGCGCUGUAUUCCUUCCGAGUUCAUUCUGAUUGCCAGUCAAGACGAUGUCUCGCAAUCACAGGAAGAUUUCUUUGCCAUGGAUCACUUCAAGUUGCCUCUCCCCGACGGAAAACGAAGAUGGAGCAAGACAGAACAACCUGCCAGUGUGGCCACAUGUGCCUGGCUACAAAUGAUGUACGAGAAUCCAAAGGUUGCCGUGGCGGGGAACGACGAAGAAAAGCCAUGGAGUACCCUGGAAAUCCUAGAAGAGCUCCAGGGACGCAUCAAAAAGUGUGCCAAACUAGAUGCCAAUCCCACCAUUUCCUCGAGCCGGCCAUUGGGACCACCUCGAUUUGACAAUGGACAAUACCGACCCUAUUAUGUGGUACCGCCUGACUACACUGGUACCCGACGAGCUCUCCUCAUUGGCUGUGUCACGGGAGAAGACGAAGACAAGCCCUUGAAAGGUGCCAUUAACGAUGUCAUGAACGUGAGGCAAUUCCUAGUUACCCACUGUGGCUUUGAGCCCAACAAUGUCACUAUGCUCCAGGACAAUUACAGACUCUCGGACAAACAACAACCUACCAAACAGAAUAUUAUGAAUGCCUGGGCCACGAUGAUUGAACAAUCUGAGCCUACUGAUGUCAACUUUAUUCAAUUCUCUGGACAUGGAAGUCGCUCCGAUACCAACCUCUACAUUUUGCCCUCGGAUUACAAGGACAAUGGAAACAUCAUGGACGAUGAUAUUCUCAACGACCUCAUCAAAGCAAUGCCUUCUGGCGUGUACACGACGAUGCUUGUAGAUUGCUGCUAUUCCGGAACAGUGGGUGAACUGCCCUACAUUCUCAAGUCGGCAGCCUCGAAACAAGAGAUCGAAAAGAGGGCCAACUUUUACUCGGGAUCCGAGUCGGCUGCUGCUGGCACUGCUACUACCAAACCGGAAAAGACAACGGACAAAACCAGCCAUGAAUCCAACCAAAAGAUCGGAGAGUUCUUUGAUAUGGACACACGAGAGGAGGCCAUUGAGAAAGAAACCAAGGGAGGAGAAGAGUACCAGCUAUGGAAACAAGCUCGAAAGUUGAAAACACAAUGGAUGUACUUUGAUCAAGCAAAGCUUGCCGAGUUUUCCAAGAAAGCGGCGGAAAUGCUGGAAAAGGGUGCCAAGGUUGCCUACGAAGAAGGCUCGAAAGCGGCUGUUAUAGCCUACGAUGCCUCCAAAAAGGGUGCCAAGGUUGCCUACGUGGAAGGCUCCAAAGCUGGAGUUAUAGCCUACGAUGCCUCCAAAAAAGGUGCCAAGGUUGCCUACGUGGAAGGCUCCAAAGCUGGAGUGAUAGCCUAUGAUGCCUCCAAAAAAGGUGCCAAGGUUGCCGGCAAGAAUGCCAAGAUCGCCGCUGCCAGUGUGUCCAAGAGUGCCUCCAAAGCUGGAGUUAAAGCCUACGAUGCCUCCAAAAGUGGCGCCAGUGUUGCCGGCAAGAACGCCAAAGUCGCCGCUUCCAGUUUUUCCAAGAAUGCCUCCAAAGCUGGAGUUAAAGCCUUCGAUGCCUCAAAAAGUGGUGCCAUUGUUGCCGGCAAGAAUGCCAAGAUCGCCGCUGCCAGUUUGUCCAAGAGUGCCAAGGAGGCUGUGGCCAAGCGUAGGUCUGAUGGCGGCAAAGGAAUCGCAACUUCCUCCGCCCACAGCACCGCCUCGACGUCGAGCAACUCCACAAAGAAGGUCUCUGAAGGCGCCAAGGAAGCGGCCAAAUCGGUAUCCAGUGCCACCAGCAAAGCAGCUAGUGUGGCUUCCGAUGGUGCUUCGAAAGCGGCUAGUGCAGCCUCUGAUGCUUCCAAAAAAGCUGCAGCGGCAUUCAGUAAGUUCAAGGCGUCAAAUUCUCUCAAAUCGCCGUUUGGCAAGAAGAAGAGCUCCAACAAGUCAAAAGAGGAAGGCAAGUCAAAAGAGGAAGGCAAGUCAAAAGAGGAAGGCAAGUCAAAUGAGGAAUGCGAGUCAAAAGAGGAAGACAAGUCAAAUGAGGAAGGCAAGUCAAAAGAGGAAGACAAGUCAAAUGAGGAAGACAAGUCAAAUGAGGAGGGCAAGUCAAAUGAGGAAGGCAAGUCAGAAGAAGAAGGGAAUAGUUGA